GAACCUCGACUUCCUGCGGAACUGCAGCGCGCUCGGCGCCCGGGUCGUGUACUACCAGGCCGAGCCCGACCCCGAGCACCACGCCAUGGUCGAGCCCUUUGUGCAGGCCACGGGCGCGCGCGAGGUCUGGGACUACUCGCGUCGGAACAUGCGCAUGUACAGCACCACGGCGCUCGCGCGCUGGGUCCCGCCGCACUACGCGCCGUCGCGCGACUUUGGGAUCGACGUCAACAGCACGACGGCAAACGGUAAACACGUCUGUUUCCUGGGCGACUGGCACGCGCGCAGCAUGAGACUGCGCAACGAGUACACGGGCGUCUUCGGCGACAAGCUGCGCACCCUCAAAGGCAUUUAUGAGGACGCGGAGCUGCGGAAGUACUUCCGCGACUGCCCUAUCUCAAG